CUAUUCUCUAUGUGAAACGAAAUUUCAGAAACGUAAGUUUUUAACUGAAAAGAAACAUGGGCAGUUUGUAAAAUAUGAGAAUCCUCCAGGAAACGUGGUAUGUUGUUUUACAGCGUGUUAUUGCAUUUAUUUUACGAGGGCUUAAAACUCAGUACACUAUUAAAUAGCCCACUUUACAAGACUGGAGUAUAGGAUAUAUCUCAUGACGAGAUCUUGUACGAUUUUACACUCAGCUGGAGUAAUUUGGCAUGCAGAUAUAAACGAUGAGAAGAGAUCGUAGAAUAAAUGUGUGUUUUAAUCUGGCUAGGUAAAAAAUAGUCCCUGGCCUCCCCCAUUUUACCAAUAGAUUAAAACAAAAUGAUUUUGGACAUAAAAAUAUACUGAUAUAUUUUAUUUUUUAGAAAAAUGUGUAUACGUAUAUAUCUUUAUCUUUAGUCAAAUGGCAAUACCAACCAUACCGUUAUAAGCGGAUUGAUUUACUCUCUGUAUUGGUAAAUAUGAUCACGUGAUUCAUGUAACCAAUCACUGAAGAUGAAGCCAGCAAAAAUACUAUGAUUGUGCGGAGGCAAGGUUUCCGUAACAGUGUAACCUUUUAUAUGACUACGAGGGGAUCCAAAAAUGUCGACCAGUUCAACUCUGAGCAACUAUUAUGUGGACUCUAUAAUGGGACACGAGGCGGAGGACGUGUACGGAGCGCGUUAUGUCCAGAGCCCGCACUCUGCGGUCGCUAGGCCGUCAGGUGUAGGGGAAAAUGCGGAUUUUUCCUCCUGUAGCUUUGCUCCCAAAACAACCGUGUUCCCCACAUCAUGGUCCUCGGUUCAUCCGCCGUCCACGGCCACGAUGUCCGGAAUUUACCAUCCGUAUGUGCACCAGUCCCAUAUCGCAUGUACAGAUAACAGAUACGUGCGUUCAUGGGUAGAUCCGAUCUCGAACCACAUCUCAUUUUCCGGCUUCCAUUCGACUAGUCGUCAGUGCGGGACAAAGGCGGAAACUUUACCGCCGAAAAGGACUGAGAGCUCUGCCUUCGUCUCUGACGCUCCGGCGGCCCCAGACUACAAUUGUAACACCUUGGCCGAGUGUGUACAGAAAGCUACCAAAGAUACCGCUGACAACGAUAUUUCCAACCAAAGUGAGCCCAAAGACGAGAAACAUCAACAACAACAACUUGACCCAAGCAACCCCGCAGCAAACUGGAUUCAUGCACGUUCAACGAGGAAGAAACGAUGUCCAUAUACAAAAUACCAAACACUAGAACUCGAAAAGGAAUUUCUUUAUAACAUGUAUUUGACGAGAGAUCGCCGUUACGAAGUUGCACGAAUUCUAAAUUUGACAGAAAGGCAGGUGAAGAUCUGGUUUCAGAACAGAAGAAUGAAAAUGAAGAAGAUGAACAGAGAGAGGGGUAGCCAGGAGCCUCAGUGAAUAACACUGUGGCCAGCGCGCCAAGCCAAGUGUUCUUUAUGUAUAUAUAUGUAAUAUGUUACGUUUAGCUCAAUGUUGUUGGAGCCUUACUGGUUUAUGUUAUUUGUGUGUCUUUGUCAAAUAAUUUUAUGGAAAAACACAAGCUUACAUUCUGAUUAUUUUGGCUUGGACGUCUAGAGAGUCUUAAAAUAAUUACAAUUUGCUCAUUCUUGAAACAAAUGUUCAAACGGUUGUGCACGCAGGUGAAGUAGACACACUAGUUAUAUUAAAAUGCUAUUUUGAUUGCCUGUGUUAGUGCACGCUUAGAUUAAUAGUGUACACCACACUGACUGAGGAACAGUAUUCAUGGAGCAGUAAUAGGCAAGGCUAUUCUCCCUAGUUGCUGACACCCAAUAAGCAGUAUUAUUCAAACAGGAAUAUUUGGGUAUAAAAUUAAACAUAAAGACAACAUAGGGACUUACAUUUUGCCGGAUAUAUCAUACAAAUAUAGUUAAAGAUUAGUUUAGAAGUUGAGAUCCAGUAGGUCGUACUAGGUAGUUAAAGUGCUGGCAAUGAAAAUAGAUUAAUUUAACACUACGAUGUAUAAUAAAUAUGCGUUAUAAUACAUAAUAUAUAACGCAUAUAUAUAUUUCCAUAUAUUAAACUUAUAAAAGGUCUCUGGAGCUUAUAUGGAAUUUAACAGCGAUCAACACUGUGUAUGUGUCUCUCACAAAACGGAACUUUGAAGUAUUAUACAUGUCUAAAAUAUACUAGCAAAAUAUUUUUUAACAGUAUAGAAUUCUCCCUCUUGGAGGACUAAGAUUGUGGACCAGACAAUACCGCUGAAGGUUUUUUGUUUGUUUGUUUAGUUUUUUUUUCUUUUGAUUUGUUUUGUUUUUCCGAGAUAGAGAAAAUGUUUUCAACGAAAUAAACUCAGUUGGUGCUUGAA